AUGGAGCCCGCUGCAGCAGUUGAAUUGUUUAACAGAGCUCCAGACCAAAGUGUUAAGUUCUCAGUUUACACAGGUGAUGAUGACUCCACAACAGAGGCACCAAUACGAGAAAAAGUAACCUAUGAGGUUGAAAAAAACAGUGACAUUAUACAUAUGAAAAGAUCCCUCACAACAAGUUUAUACAACCUCAGUCAAAAUGAAAAAUUUGACAAUUGUUCCCCUUUAUCUCAAAAGGUGAUAAAUUACUUAGUGAAAUGUUUUUCAUAUGUUACUGCUCAAAACAAAGGAGAUUCAAAAGGGAUCCAGGCUGCGAUUAAGUCAAUUGUUCCCCACGACUUUGGAGAUCACUCCAGCUGUGAAACUGGCUGGUGUAAAUUUAAGAGCAACCCAGGAACCUACAAGCACAAAGAGCUGCCAUAUGGAAAAGACAUGCAUGGAAAAAAAUUGGAGUUAGAACUAAAUAACAUCUUCAAUGACUACUCUACUGAUGCUGUGGCAGAGAAGCUUGCACCUUUGACAAAUUCCCCGCGAAAUGAGGCACUUAACAGUGUAAUUGGAUCAAAAAAUCAAAAAAUCACAUUCUAUGGUGGAAGUGAAAGCAAUGAUUUUCGUGUGGCCUGUGGAGUCGCUCAGACAAAUUUAAGAUAUACCUAUAUCAGCAGUACACUUGAGGCACUCAAUAUUGAGCCUGGCAAUUUCUGUGAAAUGUAUGGAGAAAAAAUGACUAAUCAUGUUUAAAAAGAUAAACUCUGAAAAUCUUCUUUGGCUUAUAAACGGGGAAGAGCCAAUGCCCGCAGACAAAACGGUGCACAAACUGCUAAAAAAUGGCGAAAGGGAACUUUACAAAGACAACAAAGAAGUAUGUACACUACCGUUGAAGGAAGCAAUGUCACAGUUUCUUGGCUUUGUUUCACGGUCAGUAGAAAGAGCCAAGUCACGCACAAACAAGAAUGUUGUGACGGUGCUCCUAGGUCACAAUUCUCUCACAUUUGACAUUCCAGUCCUGUUAAGAAAUUCUGAGAGCGCCUUUAAAGAAAGAUUACAGGCGAUGGACGUUUUCUUUGCCGAUUGUCUCAAGUUGUUUAAAACACUUGUCAGAGAAAAUGUUUCCUUCUAGCAAAAUCCUCAUGGAACUUCCCAAAGAAGAACCAAUCAUCAUCGUAUUCUUUCCUGUUCCAAAAGUCCUUCAAUGCACACGAUGCUUUAGAAGAUGUUUUAGCACUAUGAAAAAUACUUUUUGAGUCACAGAUAGACCUUUCGGAGAAAACUGUGGUCGAGAACUCGGGUGUUGUAAGUGCAAGCCACGCAGCUGAGGACGUGAUUUAUUUGGAUCGCCGCCAUAUUCUAAUGCAGACUUUCAAAGGAAAUCUUCAUCAUCCGCAAUACCUCAAGAAGAACAUGAUUGAAAAAAUAUCCGGAAGUGGGCUGGCAUUUCAAGAUCUCCAAAGAGUGUACGGCAGGUUUGGAAAAGAAGGGCUUAUUGCGACACUUUCACAACCACCUUGA